UGUGGAUUUAGCCCUAGCCCACAGCACUUUGACCAGCGGCAGUACUAAUUUCCCAAAAAUCCAAGAUGGCUGCCGCCGUAGAACAAGCUACAGAAAGUAAAGGAAUUGCAGGCGAUAAAGACGAAAAUAUCUCCUACCCACUUACUGUACACUACUGUGGAGUGUGUACUUUACCACUUGAGUAUUGCGAAUUCAGUCCUGAAUCAGAAAAAUGCAAAGAAUGGCUCAAAGAAAAUCUUCCAGAUGUGUAUGAUGAAAUGAAUGAAGCUGCUGAACAAAUGGGUGCAUUAGACAUAAAUGAUGCAUCAAAAAAGAGACAAACUAGAGGAGGAAAAGGUCAACUCAAGUUACCAAAAAAGAAGAAUGUCCCGAAAAAGGUUUGCUUGUCCAGAACGCAAAGAAAUAAGAAGAAAUAUGUAACAAUAGUUACUGGUUUAUCUACCUUUGAAAUUGACCUUAAGAAGGCAUCCAAAGCUUUUGCAAACAGGUUCUCUUGUGGGGCAUCAGUCACUGGUGAUGAUAAAAUUGAGAUUCAAGGCGAUGUUACAGAUGAUUUAUGGGACUUUAUUCCAGAUAAAUGGCCAGAGAUUGAUGAGGAUAGCAUAGAAGAUCUUGGGGAUGUCAAGCGAUGAGAUUGUGCAGAUUAAGAAGAGGAUGAAGAAGCUCUGUGAAUUCGCAGAUCAAGAAAGAAUGUUUAAUUCUACACCUAAUUAUUUAAUUUUCUAUAGUUUUGGUCCCUUAUAUAAGAUAUUAUUUGACAUCGGGUAAUACUUAUGUAUUUAAUUACAAGUUUUGCUUUUUUACACUCAAUAUAGUAUUACAAAAUGAUACAAAAUACAACAAAACUUUUUCUAUCUUCACAGAAGAACAUUUCAUGUAGGGUAGACAUUGAAACAUCCUAAUGCUGUUACUUCCUGUAAUGUUUUCACAGAGUUUUUUUUUCUGGUUAUAGAGUUAUACAUUUACAUACCUGUCAACCUCCGAGAAUCUCAAGGCUUGAUAAUUUUUUGGGGGGGUGGGGGUGGGGUAUGUUCAUUUUCUGGGGGGAGGGGUGGGUAAACCUCGCAGGCGUUUGCCGUAUAGAAAGCUCUUGUAAACAAAUCCACUAUUCUCACGAGGGUGUUAGAUAAAUUGCGUUGCGCAAGGGAAUUAUUAUUUUAAAUACUUUAAUAGAAAAUAGGCAAAAUGACGUUUUUCUAUAGGAUAAUUUAUCGGAAGCGCUAAAAAGGCUAAAAAGCGUGAUAUUUUGUCCUAAAUGCGGGAGAAGGGGUCCAAAAUCUUGAGACUCCCGCCUAAUGCGGGAGAGUUGACAGGUAUGCAUUUAAGUCAAGUAAGAAUUAAAAAUGAUAACAUUAAAAGCUGGCACAUAUUUUCUUUCUAUGCUCUAAUUGUCCAAUCUAAUUCAGUUGAAAAUAUUAAACAUUUAAAUAAUGUUA